CGUGCUGCUGACCAGCGCGAGGUUCUGCGAGCGUUCCACAUUGACAGUCUAUAGGACGUUGUUCUAGGGGUGUAGUCAAUGUAUUUCACAUGCAUUUGCCUCUAGGUUCCCUCUUUUUGGCAGCCGGUAGGGUACUUAUGUGUGUUGAUAACUGAACCCAGGCUCUGUGACGUCAGUGCCUGUAAACCUAAUUGAAAACAUUCCGUUAGUGUAGCCCACGUCGCGCACUGUUGUGCGCCUGAAAUGAAUGAAACUCAAACAAUGAACGUCUUUGCCACUUGUAUGCUUGUUGCCGCGGUAUCAUGUUGGCUCAGCUCGGAUGUCCUGAUCCUUCUGCGGGACUAUAUUUCAGAAACGUUGAGUAGCCCUGUCAUGCCAGAGCCAGGGACGCCGCGACGGACUCCGCAAGGUAUCCCCUACGACGACCUGCCGCACAUAAUCAACGCAGACGGACAGCAUUUAUUCUGUCGCUAUUGGGAGCCGGAAGUCCCACCAAGGGCGCUGGUGUUCGUGGCUCAUGGCGCGGGAGAACACUGCGGGGCCUACAAUGACGUGGCCCAGACGCUCACCAAACAGUCGCUGCUGCUGUUCGCUCACGACCACGUGGGCCAUGGUCAGAGUGAGGGAGAGCGGAUGAAUGUUAAAGACUUUCAGAUCUUCAUCAGAGACUCGCUGCAACACAUCAGCAUCAUGAGAGAGCGCCAUCCCAACCUGCCCGUCUUCAUCAUAGGCCACUCUAUGGGUGGUGCUAUCUCUAUUCUCACCGCAUGUGAGAGGCCACAGGACUUUGCUGGCGUUGUCCUCAUUGCCCCUAUGGUGCUGAUGAACCCAGAGACAGCCACUCCUUUUAAGGUGUUUCUGGCUAAACUGCUGAAUCACAUGAUACCCAAUCUCUCUUUAGGCGCCAUUCAGUCCAAAUGGGUCUCCAGAGACCCCAAACAGGUGGAGGCCUACGACACUGACGAGCUUAAUUUCCACGGCGGGUUGAAAGUGUCCUUUGGAAUGCAGUUGAUGGAGGCAGCCAAUCGCAUUCAGCGCCUCAUUCCUGACAUCACUUGGCCCUUCCUCCUUCUCCAUGGUGAUGUUGACAAACUGUGUGACAUCAGUGGCUCCCGGUUAAUGUACGACCAGGCCAAGAGCUCGGACAAGACACUGAAGAUCUAUGAGGGAGCAUACCACGCUCUCCACCAUGACCUCCCUGACACCGCAGAGGCCACUCUCAAGGAGCUCACCGCCUGGAUUUUGGAGCGUCUGCCUGCUCCCUCAGUGGAGUGAAUACUGCUCUCCUCAUGAACAGAACUGCGCAAUGGUCCAAUACACACACACACACACACACACACACACACACACACACACACAGUUUCCACUGACAUGAAGGUCAGCUGAUCAUUCAGAACAUAUGUGAGUGUGAACUUUCACCAAUUGUAUGUGUGAAUGGCUAUCUUUUAGUCUCGUCAUGAGGUAAGGGAUUUGAAGAAGUGAGUGUAUUUGUGUGCGUGUGUGUAUGCGUGUGUGUGUAUGUGUGUGUGUGUGUGUGGGUGUAUGUGUGCGUGUCUCAGAUGUGCUUCAAAGAGCAUGUGUGACAUGUUGCCGUGGUAAUUGGUGAGGUGACCAUAAUGAGCUAAGUCCUCUGGAACAGCGCUCCAUUGUGUGUUGCCGCGGUAACUGCUGCCUUUUGUCCUUUGAGGUGGUGCUCGCUCUCCACCUACGGCUCUGCGUGCACUGUAGUACUGCUGCCCCCAGAGGGCAGAGACAGUACUGCAUGCAACCCAACCAGUUGCCACAGCAACUACAGCAUGAAGAAACAGAAUGGGUUCUGUUACCUAUCGCACAGAUAGAGAUAGAGCAGCAGUUGCCUGGCUUGUAGGCUUUACACAUGCAGUAAACACACCCGUACUUUUAUGAAUAAAACAUGAAGAUGCACGCUUAUGUACUAGCAAAAUAGGAUCACUCACACAUGAAACAUAACACACAAACAAUUAAGCAUGCACACAAGCAGCUAUAAUAUGUCAGAUAAAUAUGCUGAGCACUCUGGAGCACAGAGGAUUUCCACUGACUGCUUCCUGGCAGUGAGCAGUGGAGUGGCACGUGUUAAAAUAUAACUGUUUGGUGCUCAGUGAUGACUGACUCUGACACAUGACUGUUCCCAAGACUGUGAACUAUUCUAUUCACAUCACCAGCUGAGAGGUGCAGACUGUUGGUGAUAGUGGUGGUGGGGAGGUAUAGGGUGUGUGUGUGUGUGUGUGUGUGUGUGUGUGUGUGUGUGUGUGUGUGUGUGUGUGUGUGUGUGUGUGUGUGUGUGUGUGUGUGUGUGUGUGUGUGUGUGUGUGUGUGUGUCUGUGUGUGUCUGUGUGUGUGUGUGUGUGUGUGUGUGUGUGUGUGUGUGUGUGUAGGGGGGGGGGCUUCUCUCAAGAAUGUGGAUAUACAGGGAAAGAUUCAAUUUAAACUAACCUCCUUUUAACUGCCUGCGUGCGAAUGACCAGGAAAACAGUAUCAUAUGACAGCAAUAGAUUUAAACUUUACAGUCAGGGGUAACAUGGCCCGGGGAGGGGCUUUGAAAUUCAGGAAUCAGAUGACCCUGAGGGGUCUUUCAUCUAUACCAGCUCAACUCCAACACCACACAAUCCAGACACUCUCACACACACACACACACACACACACACACACACACACACACACACACUCACACACACUCAUGUGAAAGGGGGUCAUUUACUCCUCCCAGUCGGUCUAAAGGAUGCGAUGGCUUUUAUACUCCUUUGGCAUUUACUUUCCUCUAACAAGAAAAUAAUUCCUUGUUGAAAUGCCACUUGUGACAUUUAUAUCCAGACUUUGGCAUCAAUAUCAUGUGGUAUUACAUUUUAAGUAUAGCAUGGUAAAAAAAUAAUCAUUAUUGUAGUAUUCGUAUAUUGAGACUUUUUGCACAGAAGAAAUGUAAAUAUAGACUACUCAUGAAGAGAGAGUAAACUAGGGGACAAAACGCUUUAAUCACUGAGAACCAGUGUAAUGGAAAAGUUCUGUGAUGUUAAUAUGAACUGAAUUGUGCAUAUUUCUGUUUCUUCUGCCCAGUAUUCCCUUAUUCCCUCAGGUCAUGUUCUCUUAUUCAUCUUUCCAUGAAAUAUUCGUGGGCCUUGGCUAAUGUCUGAAAAUGUUCCCCUGUCAUUGCUAAAAUCAUGUUUCCACUUUGGCCACCGCUUAUUGCAAUGGCAUGGUCCUGAGGACGACUGUAAAGGCCAUCGCCCACCAGAAGCGUACGCGGUGCACCGCGCCACGAAAAAAAAUAGAAUUCCAUUGUUUUCAAUGGAGCAUCGCCCACUGGAAACGUCUGCCGCGCAGCAGCCGCACAGAGAUAGAAAACUAUUCUAAAAUCCUGCGCGGCAAGCCCAGACCACCGAACACCGCUGAACGCCGCUUCUGGUGGGCGCCGGGCUUAAGGGCUGUAGUAAAGUAGGGUUCAGACCAAAGAUUCCCGAUGAGACGAAACGAGACGAGCCACGGCGCUCUAAAACCUUGCAACUGCGACUAAACAUGUUGAAUGCUCUGCGACGGCUUGUGACGGCUUGCAACUACAUGCAACAUUUAAUUCACACUGCUGCAAUUUGGUCUCGUCAUGUCAGGAAUCUUUGGUGUGAAUUGGGCUUAAUGGUGAUGGCCACAUAUUCUUGAGAGACAUAAUAGCAACUGCUAUGAAAGUUGUCCCACUGUUUAUUUAGGGCUUCAUUGGUUUCACCGUACACAUGACUUUACACCAGUGACUUUUCAGUUCAUGUUUCUACUACACCCAUGGUGCACUUUAGCUUUAACGGCAGGCCGAUUGUAUACAUCACUAAGCUCUAUUGAUACCUUACUAUAUUGUGAUUGUAUAACUGAUCCUGCUGAUGUCCUCGUGAUGAGUCGUGUCUUACUAAUCAGCUAGUCAUAUUUUGUAAACCUUUUUUUUUUUCUUUUUUAAACUCAUUCUCCCUCUAUCUGCCAUGUGUUUCUUGUUCUCGAAUGACUCGGAUUGUAAGAAGGAGAAUAAUUGUUCUGUGUCAGUAGGUCAAAUGUCAGUUGGACCUGUCAGUUGUCAAAUGUUAGUCAACUGUUUUUCAGAUUUGUGACAUUUGUGUCUCUUCCUGUGGCUCCAUUUUGAAAGACAAUGUGUGUAUCUGUCUAUGUAAUGGAAAUGCAGAAUUGUCAUAUUUUGCUGUUGAUGCACCAUACGGAAAUGUAAACUUGCAAUCUGAAUAUUAUUUUAUAGUUUGAGACCGAGGGCACAUUUGAUUGAGUGGACACAUUUCUAAAUGAUACUAAUAGAGUUUGGGGAGUAUUUUAGGUCUUGGAGUAUUGAGAUUUGUUAGGUGUUGAUGAUACACAGGGUGGAGUCUGAACUGAAUUAGCCUCAGCUCUUGCAGCAGUUUCUGACACAGUCAAAAAAGUUAAUGACCAGGAAUGGCCUUGUCUGGAUAAUACACAUCAUUCAACAAUUCCAUAUAACACAGGCAUACCACAAUCUGUGCAACUGAAAAGCUGAUUUGUAGAUUUAAGGGGAUUUUUUUUUCCAAGACGUGUUUUGCACUCUUUUAUUGAGGUUGACAACCUUAAAGUGGGGCCACUCACUGCAGUAUAUUGAGAAUUUGCUAUAGGGCAUUUGUCUAUUCAUGGAUACUGUUAAACCAGCGGAAUACUCAUUUUACUCACAAGGGUUAUUCUUCACAAUCAAAGGUUGCUUUUCAGAGUUCUUGUUUGAGUCAGAGCAUGCAAUCUAUGAAGGAGAUUAUUCAGAGGUCAUAAACACUAGUCCUCUCUCACUGUCUUUCUGGUCAGUAAGCGAUAUAAAGGUCCGAUAAAAUUGAUGUGAAUUCAAUUGUGGUGUUGUCUUAAAUGGUGGGACCAAAUCCACCAUUUAUGCCAACAAAUAUGGCAGAGUACUGUUUUAAUAGCUCAGUUUGUUUGCAGCGGCAUAGCCUAAAGCAAUUAACAUUUUCCCUGAUAAUGGUGUUAUAUUUUAAGACAUAUUUUGGACACAACAUAAGCAGUUUACAUCAGUUUUGCAGAGUCAACAUACAGUAUAUAUGUUUUGUUUUAGUCACUAAUGAAUCAUUAUUAUAACUAGGCUACACUGCUUGAUGUGACCUCAAAGGGCCCUCCAUUUCAAAAAUGGGAUAGAAACUUCAUCUACCACUUCCUACAAAUGAUCUGAUACCUCUGUCUGGAGUAAAGGAGGGUACUCUCAAGGUGCAAUGAUUUGAUAUCAGUUUUCCAUCAAUAAAGGCAUGUGAUCCCAGACUUUUGACUUGUAGUCUAGCCUACAUGCAUGUAUGUGCAAUGUUACAUUUUUGGAGCGGCAUUAGAGUGCAUACUGUAAUGAAUGAAUGAAUUGUACAGUAGCCUAGCCUAUUAUGUGCAUCUGAAGAAUUGUAAACAGCAAACAUGUAUUUCUAAUAAAUAAUGACUGUUAACUCA